CUGGCCGGUUUCAUCAUCGAUGAUGAAUCAAGUACACAAAUCAUGAAUCAUCAGUGAAGUCGUAGCUACUAUCAAGGGCCAAUUUGACCACUCCACGCUGCCCACGUUGGUCCGCUAGCAGUUUCUAUCAUUCAACUUUUCAUUCGACAAAUUGUGCGUCUGCUGGAUCGUCAGCCCAAUUCAACACGCGUCUAUUUGCCUGCGAACACACUCCUCGCUCAGUCAAACUUGUAAACACUUUGUGAAAGAUGGCUGACAACGGAGCGCACCCGACAGACGAGGACCCGGCCGCCGAGUUCCUGGCCCAGCAGGAGAACGAGAUAGCGGGGAUAGAGAACGACGCGGAAGGCUUCGAGGAGCUGAACGGAGACGACGGCCAGGAGCCCCCGCAGCAACCGGCGAGCAACUACGAUCCUUUUGCAGAGGAGCCCGCCACGGUGAACGGGGAUAUCUUUCAGGAGUCCAACGGCCCCACGGAUAACUAUGCAGCCAUCGCUCAAGUCGAUAUUCAGAGGCAAGAGCCGGAAAGUCUGCGCAAGUGGAGGGAGGAGCAGAAGGAACGCCUUGAGGUGUUAGACUCGGCAUCCAAGGCAGCAGAGGCCGAGUUGAGAGAGAAGGCCAAAAAGGAGCUUGAAGACUGGCAUGUACACCAGAGCGAGCAGAUGGAGAAGAACAAGGCCAACAACAGACUCUGCCCAAGUCUGACACGAUCGUCCGAGGAGUCCUUCCUGUCCGAGGGCGACAGCGACAGUCCCGGAUCGGCGUGGGAGCGAGUAGCUCACCUGUGCGACUUCAAUCCAAAAACCAACAAGCAGGCGAAAGACGUGUCUCGAAUGCGCUCUGUCCUCAUCUCGCUCAAACAGACCCCUCUAGUCCGCUAGGCUGGAAAACUAACUUCACUUCACACUACCUUUGCCUUUUCACUUGUCGCCACACCUCACAUUCCUUUGUGAUCCUCUUUUCAACACACAAAAAUACUCCUGAUUUGUACAUAUAUAUAUGUAUGUAUACAUAUAUAUAUAUAUAUAUAUAUAUAUAUAUAUAUAUAUAUAUAUAUAUAUAUAUAUAUAUAUAUAUAUAUAUAUAUAUAUAUAUAUAUAUAUAUAAAAUUCCAAUUUUCUUGAUGCCUACUUUAUUAGAAUAAUGCUCACGCUUGUGGGGAAAAUGAGACUAUUAUUGUAUCAUUACCGAAGAAAAUAUUGUUACUGCAAGUUAACCAUUUGUUACCCUUUUUAAAUUAUGAAUUUUUAGGUCAAUUUUAAUGCAUGCCUUUGCCAAGAUUUUGAAUGUUUUUAUUUUGGUUUUCCUUACUAGCUUUUUUUUUGGUAAGAGCAUGACUUGCUUCCUGAGCACAAUGCAGUGUAGAUUGUAACCACUUAUGCCUCCCAAUAAGGUAGACACACUUAACUUUGGAAUGUUGGCUGCACCCUAAUUGGCAGAUUUAAGGUUAAUAUCUUCUAGAGCAGUGGUUCUUAACCUUGUUGGAGGUACCGAACCCCACCAGUUUCAUAUGCGCAUUCACCAAACCCUUCUUUAGUGAAAAAUAAAAUGUUUUUUUGCUUUUUUUUUUCAGAUUCAAGAAAAAGUCAUGUUUUUUUACUGGUGCACAAAAUGAAUCGGGCAUGAACAUCACCUUGUUCAAAGAACAAAACCAACACAGUGAAUGAACUCGCAACAAAUUACACACCUUACCAUGAACUGAUUAACGUGGACCCCGACUUAAACAAGUUGAAAAACGUAUUCGGGUGUUACCAUUUAGUGGUCAAUUGUACGGAAUAUGUACUGUACUGUUUCAUAUAAUGUAUUCUCUUCCUUUGCAAUCUGCUAGUAAAAGUUUAAAUCAAUCAAUCAAACAACCUGCAAAUCAGAUGGAAAAUUAGGGGGAACAUUGUUGGGUCCGUAAUACGCUGAUAGGGAGAAGUUUUUAUUUACACAAUAAGUCGGAUGUGUCUUUACCUCCGUGGCGGAGGCUCCGCCGAACCCCUAGGGUUCGAUCGACCCCAGGUUAAGAACCACUGUUCUAGAGCUUAAAAUGUACUCAAUUUGGAAUAUUCAAACAAGCAAAAAUGGCACACAAAUAUUUUUGCUCGUAAGUCUAAAUUUCCAAUUAAAGAGCGUGUUUUUCAUGUCAUCUAUCUUUUAUAAGGUGCCAUCAACUGUGCGAAUUUUCACAUUCUCUUUCACAUGUUGCCUAUUUGGAUAUAAUAAUAAUAACCGAGGAAAGUGAAUGUCAAAAGGGAAUUGGUCAAUAAUAAAAAAAAUGGACAGUAUG